AAAUUGGAACAAGAAAAACAUGUUUUACGACAAAAACUCGCAAUUGCUGAAGAGGAAAGUGAACAAAGGGUGCUGGAAAUACAAGCGGAUUACAAUGAACUUAAAGAUAAAUCACUGGCACAGGAAAACGCCUUACGUCAGGCGGAAAAAGAGAAAACCAUGUUAAUAGAAGAACUAUCCAGUCAAAAUUCUCGUUUAACCGAACAAAUUCAAGAGGCUCAUAUUACGGAAAUGAAGCUAAUGUCACAAAUUCAGGAAUUAAAGGAUCAAUACUCCUACAGAAACAGUAGUUUACAGGAACAUGUCAACAGUCUGGAAUCCAUAAAAACAGAAUUAAAUCUAACCACAGAAAAACGUCAUGAGCUAGAGAAACGUUUGCAACAGGCUCGCGAAGAAAAGGAAAAUAUAAGUUCGGCUUUAGAUGAGGCUUCAGAUCGUAUUCACAUGCUGGAGAGGCAUGCUCGGGAACAGGAAACAAAAUUGGAGACCACCUUGCAGGCUUUAGAAAGAGCCACUAGAGAAAAUAAUGUGCUCAGUGAGCGUUUGGGAGCGGAUAAUUAUUCUGGUUCCACCGGUAAAAAGUCCCUACAAUUCGAAAUGGAAUGCGAUGAAGAUGAGGCUAGUUUCUCGGAAGAUGGUAAACCCUCACAAAUCUGGGUAGAGGCUCGUUCUGUGUAUAUACAAUUAAAAUCUCUGGUAGAUUCUUUAAAAAUUGGUCAUGAUGAUGACUCAGGUUUUACAGGUUUAAAUUCGGACAUAUCAUUGGAUUUGGAAUCUAUGGAUAAUACCAUCUCCACCAAUGGCAAUAGUGAGGGUGGUCAUAAUGCCAUUAAUUUCCGCCAGGGCAUGUUGUCCGCCAUGUCCGAUGAGUUGACACGUUUAUUGCUAAAUCUCGAUGCGGGCAAUUUCAAAAAGAUGCUGGAUCAAACUAGAAAUUUGGUUUUGGAACAGGAAGACGAAAUUAAGAGAUCUCAUCAAUUGAUACAACAGCUAGAAGCUAAGUUGGCUGUCACCGACGUUGAAUUAACCAAUGUCAAGGAGGAAAGAGAUCAAGCCCGUGGUGAUUUGGUCGACACCACCGAUCGUGAUGAAUUAUUGGCUAAAGCCCAAAAAGAACGUGAUAAUGCUACUGAAAGACGCACCAAGGCUGAAGUUGAAUUGGCCAAGACACGUGUGGAACUCAUGCAGGCCAAUUCUCAAUUAUUGGAAUCUAUCCAACAAAAGGUGGAAUUAUCACAACAAUUGGAACAGUGGCAGGUUAAGGACAUGCAAUACUCAUUGAAGGAGCAAAUGCGCUCGAAAUGAUUAACCAAUCGUAACAGUCAAACAGCGGAACCUCAACAAACCAGUGCUGCUGCUAAUUUAGCCAAACGUUGGUCCAACUAUAAACUCUGGAGCCUCUUUCAAACGGUAAUCUAAUAACAUUGAAAUGGUGGCGCUAUGCGUCUAUAAUUUUAAUAAUGUAAAAGCUUUUAAUUAAUUUUAUAUACAAUAUACUUAUACUUAUUUUUAUUUUUAUUUUUAUUAUUAUUUUUUAAUUUGUAUAAACACAAUUACAUAUUUUUAUGACAAUUCUUUUUAAAAUUAAGUACUUAAACAAAAGAAGAAAAAACUGACAGACAAGCAGACAUAUUUAUAUAGUAAUAUUAAUUAUUAAUUAAAUAUUUUGUAAAUUUUAACUGAGUGAGUUGGAAGGAGAAAAAGUGUAACCUUGCAAAAAUUGGGUUUUUAAGGAAAAACAAAAACAAAAUAUUUAACUAAAUAUAACUAAAAAAUGUACCUUUUUUGUAAUUUAAAAUCAAAACUUAUAAAAUUUUUAAACAAGAAGAAGUUUUAAUAAUUAUAAGAAAUUUAAUAAAAAUAUUAGAAAAUUUUGGGUUUUGAUUUUAUUAAAAUUUUAUAAUUGAUUUUUUUUUAAUAUUAUUUUUUAACAAAUUAGAAAACAUUAAGUGAAACAUUAACGCUUUUUUAUGUAUGUAUUAAAAAUUUUAUAUUUUUUAAAUUAAGUUUUUAAUUAAAAAGUAAAAAAAGUAAAAAAAUAAUGAGACAAGAAGAGAAACAAUACGAUGUUUUCAAAUAGAACUUUUUGGAUUUUGUUUAAAACUGAACAAUUUUUAUUAAACUUUAGGAAGAGAUUUCGAGAGUCCGAGUUAUCGAAAUAUCUAAAGUGAAUAUAAAAUUUGUUUAAAGAGGGUUAAAGAGGAUCCAAACGUUCAUAAAUAACUAUGUAUGUUAUUUAAAUUUUCUCAUAUUUUGUUAUUUUUUAUUUUAACUUAAUAAUAUGCCUUAUAUUAAUCUCUUUUUUUAUAUUAAUUUUAAAAUAACUUAAAAGUACUUAAAACAAAAUUUCUAAAAAAUCAAAAAAAAAAAACGUUGUAGCACAACAUAUCGCUUAAAAAAUUCUCGUUAAGUUUAUUUAAAAAACUACACUAAAAUGUUAGAAAA